AUGGCAACGCAGUGGUUCAUUCUCCAAAGGGAUCUGGGAACCUUUCCUUUAUCUGGACAGCUUGUCGCAAUUUUCUCUGAUGAACGUUCUUACUGGAGCCAGGCGUUAGUGACGGUCAUAUCUGACGAUGGGGGUGACUCAUGGGGUAGGAUCGAAUUCGCUUUGGCUAGUUCCAAUAUUCAUGAUCGGCCGGGCAUGGCCACUGUGUCGAGGAUGGAAAAUGGCGAGUACAUUUUGGCCUAUGAAUACUGUGUCACCGCAGAUUGCCAGAUCUACGUGAAGAUGUCCAGCAACGGAUCCAACUGGGUUUCAUCCGAUAUGGGAGACGCUGUUUCCACAACCGACGGCCUCUUCCCGGCAUCAAGUCCAUUCAUAGUUUGGGAACCGACAGCAAAACAGUUGAUACUUUCCAGUCAAUCGGUAUACCCGAUCGGUAACGAGUCCCAGGUCUCCCAAAACCCAUCGUGCCAUCUUCACCAAUGGCCAGCAUGGCCGAGGGCAAUGGAGAUGGUCUCCAGCUCCUUGGAAUGUCCGCGCGGGAUAUCCGACUUGCAACUCCAACUACAGCCCCAAUUUGCUCGUACGGCCCAAUGGCAAGGUACGAUUGACUGCUCCCGCGAGCGAAUGGAGCACGACCAAAUGCUCCGAACGAACUGGGGAGGCCUUCAUCGGUGUCCUGCCCUACCAGUCUGA